ACUUUGAGUCUCAAGGGCUAUCGAUGCUCUCAACCAGUUAAGGUGUUGUGGUUUGACUUCGCCUUGCUCUGCGAAAUUCUACGAGACCAUUGAUUAUAUCACUGCCACUACUACAGGCAACUUUGGGUGGGAUUCAUUCUUGAGGACUUUUUCAUAAUUUAUGCAAGUUUCUGCUGUCAGCUAAUCACCGACUUAUUAAUGAAUUAGUUCGUCUACAGCAAAUCAAACAUUUUUUGCUGUAUGGGCUUGCUCUAUAGCCUUCAGUGUACAGUUGAAGCUAGUACUCAUGGCAACGACCUCACUGCUUACACAGUAGAUACAAAUACUUGAAUUCUUUAGCGUUCUUGUUGCGAUAUAUAACUUCAAGCUACAGCCUUGAAUUUUCAGCAGCAGUUUUUUUUUAUCUUGAGCUAUUUCAUAAAAAUGCAACCAGUGGAUGAAGGCUUAGACUAUGCCUCACAAGGAAUGAUGGAUGAGGACAUUACUUGCGGAGUAUCUAGUGAGCGGGCUCCAGAACCUCAUGCCGAUUUCAGACGAGUGUGUGUUCACUGGGGCUACAUGCCACGUGGAUGCAUAAAUCGUCUUCAUUCUUCACUUUUGGCUAAACAUAUUCGCCCUGAGGAUGUUUGGCGCGUAUUCACCAAUCGGAUUCAAGCAGAUAUUCAGGCUACGAAGAAUAAUUCAUCUUUAUCAUCACUUGGUCUUCCUCCUACUAAUUCAAUAAUCAGUUCUUUAUCUGUGAUGAAUGGCUCACAACAUCAAGUUGACAGGCAAGACUCUCUGAAUUUGAUGAACUCUGUCCCAUUGGUUGUUAAAGACAACUUUUGUGUGAAUUAUCAAAAACUACCGCUUAAAACAACAUGUGCAUCGAAAUCAUUGGAAAACUUUUGUCCACCCUAUGAUGCUGCUGUUGUAUCGUGUCUUCUGAAAUCAGGUGCUUUCAUCAUGGGAAAAUCUAAUAUGGAUGAAUUCGCUAUGGGUUGUGGAUCUGUUGACAGUGCACUUAUUGGUCCUGUUGUUAAUCCAUGGUCUGGUAGACUACUUCCUCAUAAGAAUACUGGUGAUAUAACUCAGCUUGUAUCCGGUGGAAGUUCUGGAGGUAGUGCAGCUGCUGUUGCUGCUGGACUUUGUUUAGCUGCUAUCGCUUCAGACACUGGUGGUUCGGCGCGAUUGCCUGCUGCAUAUUGUGGUGUUGUAGGCCUCAAGCCAACCUAUACAUUGAUUUCUCGUCAUGGUCUUAUCCCGUUAGUAAAUAAUCUAGAUGUUCCUGCUAUUAUAGCUCCAUCAGCUAGCGAUGUUGCUAGUGUCUUAGCAACUUGGUUAUCACCAGAGGAUAUUUCUGCAAGAACAGGUGAUGCAACAUGCACUCAAUUACCUCAGUCUUUCUUAAAACGGAUUUACAGUGAAUUACAAGAUGUUGCCAAAGGUGGUUGUGCGCAAUAUAAUAGUGAAACACGUCCUCUUCGGAUAGGCAUUCCACUGGAGUAUCAUGUUCCUGGUCUCAAUGAAGAGAUAUGUGUUAUGUGGGACACUGUGGCUAGUUGGUUAGCUGACCAAUUAUCAUGUUCUGUCCAGCUGGUCAGAUUACCUCAUACUCCUGUGGCUACAAGUGUUUAUUCAGUAUUGUGUGCAACUGAGGUGGCGUCAAACAUGUCCAGAUAUGAUGGACUGAAGUACGGGUUUUCUUCAACCAAAAUGUAUAAUAAUGAUGUUGAAAAUCGAACAGCGAGAAAUACAACAACACAGUAUUCUACUACUCGUUCAAUUGGCUUUGGUAAUGUUGUCCGUAGUAGAAUAUUUGCUGGUAACUUCUUUCUUCUACGGGAUCAACAGUGUCGUCAUCUAGAAGCUGCAAGACGUUUGUGGCGUUUAAUUAAGGAGGACUUUAUUAAGGCUUUUGAGUCAGUAGACUUCAUCCUGACACCAGUUUCACCCAAUCUACCAAUAAGUAUAGCUGAAUUCACAAAAUUGGAUAAUCGUACUCGCACAACACUUGAUGAUGUGUGUACAGUAGCUGUCAACUUAGCUGGACUACCAGCAGUUGCAUUCCCUGUCGGUGUAUCGCCUACUUUUGGUUUACCUAUCAGCCUACAAUUGAUUGGACCAUACUUUUCAGAACCUCAACUACUGUCACUUGUAACAAAGAUUGAAAAUUUGGCUAAUUUCCAACCUUUGGUUGAUCAUCAGUCUAUUAUUGAUUCCAUUUAGGGGUGUUCCCUCUCAGUGUGUGUGUGUGUGUGUGUGUAGACAGAGGAGAAUGAAGCUGUUCGCAAUUUAUAUGUAUCUGUUUAUAGUUACUUAUUUUGCUUGUACACAACAAACUCUGAUCUUGUUUCUUUGUAAUUAAUUUUCCCUCAAUCUAAUAAAACUGAUCGAGCAUUAUUCACCUGCUCUCUCUCUCCCUCUCUACAUCUCUGUACAUAACCUUAAAAAUGCAGCAGUAUCGCCUUCAUCGUAUUGUUUCACCCGUUUGCACUGCGCGCUAUGCUGCUAACAAUCAAUAAAUGCAAGCGCAGCAUAUAUGACACUGUUUUGACUAUGCUAUUCGUUGUUUCUUUUAUUUUUUUAAAUGGAUUCUGUAAGCAAGUGUCAAAAUGGAAUUUCUGUUCGAUUUUGAACUUUGUUAUGCAGUAAGGUCAUGGAGUAAAGUUAGUUCCAC